GGCCCCGCGCGGCGCACGCCGGGAAGCCGCCGCCCAAGAUGGCGGCAGGAUUGAAAAGUGGUCGGCGGCGCUGAGGCGGUCUAGGGUCCAGCUGCCGCCCGGGGCCGUUCCGCCGCUUCCCGGCCCAGCGCAGCCUCACCCCGCCGCCUCAGGGCUGCUGCGGGGAUGCCCCGGAGGGGGCUGGGGCCGCCGCUGCAGCCGCCGCUCCCGGAGCCAUGGAGGAGGAGGGCAAGAAAGGCAAAAAGCCUGGAAUCGUGUCCCCUUUCAAGCGAGUCUUCCUGAAGGGUGAAAAAGGACGAGAUAAAAAGGCCCAGGAGAAAGUUACGGAGAGGCGACCUCUCCAUACCGUCGUGGUGUCGCUGCCAGACCGCGUCGAGCCAGACAUCCUGCUGAACGACUACAUCGAGAAGGAAGUGAAGUAUUUAGGCCAACUCACAUCUGUCCCAGGGUACCUGAAUCCUUCCAGCCGCACUGAAAUACUGCAUCUGAUAGAUAACGCAAAGAGAGCACAUCAGCUUCCAGGACAGCUGACCCAAGAGCACGAUGCUGUGAUCAGUCUGUCUGCCUACAACAUCAAGCUGGUGUGGAGGGAUGGAGAAGAUCUCAUCCUCAGGGUCCCCAUCCACGACAUCGCGUCCGUGUCCUACAUUCGAGAUGACUCCGCUCAUUUGGUGGUGCUGAAAACAGCUCAGGACCCUGGGAUCUCCCCAAGCCAGAGCCUCAGUGCCGAGAGCUCCAAAGCCCUCACCUCGGGCUCGCUGUCGGAGAGCGGUGUGGUACCCGUGGAAGCUUGCUGCUUGGUGGUGCUGGCUACGGAGAACAAAGUGACUGCAGAGGAGCUGUGCUCACUUCUCAGCCAAGUCUUCCAGAUUGUUUACACUGAGUCCACAAUAGACUUCUUAGAUAGAGCAAUAUUCGAUGGUGCGUCCACGCCAACGCGGCACAUGUCCCUGCACAGUGAUGACUCUUCUACAAAAGUGGAUGUUAAAGAAUCAUACGAAACAGAAGCAAGCACUGUUUCCUUUCCAGAAACCUUGGAUGCAGGUGACAACUCCCCCUCUUCCUUCUUGACACAACAGUCUCCACACAUCAAAACCAUCAGCGAGAGCGAGCUGAGCACCACAGCCACAGAGCUGCUCCAGGACUACAUGAUGACGCUCCGAACAAAGCUCUCCUCCCAAGAGAUCCAGCAGUUCGCAAUGCUCCUGCAUGAAUAUCGCAACGGAGCCUCGAUACAUGAGUUCUGCAUCAACUUGAAGCAGCUCUACGGGGACAGUAGGAAGUUCCUGCUCUUGGGCCUGCGGCCCUUCAUUCCCGAGAAGGACAGCCAACACUUUGAGAACUUCCUGGAAACCAUCGGGGUGAAGGACGGCCGCGGCAUCAUCACGGACAGCUUUGGGAGGUACAGGAGGACGCUGAGCACCACCUCCAACUCCACCACCAACGGCAACGGCGCGGCCGGCAGCUCGGACGACCAGUCCGUGCCCUCAGAGGAGGACGAGUGGGACCGCAUGAUCUCCCACAUCAGCAACGACAUCGAGGCGCUGGGCUGCAGCAUGGACCGCGACUCCUCCUGAGAGCCAGCCGGCUUCGGCAGCGCCUGCCCAGCAGAACCCUCGUUUCCAAAGAGGUUUUCCGGGUGGAGCAGGAUGCGGUCACUCUCCCUGAGGCCAUCUGUGCCCUCUUACUGUGAAGGUGCGUGCGUUGCACGCUGCGAAGGAAGAGGCGGGCAGGAGCCCAUCCUCCGGCCUUCCCUGGUUCCGUCACCACGUGGGAAGUGAGGCUGGGAGAGCCCUGCGUGGAGGCAGGUUGCCUACAGCCCUCUCCCUCCCUGGUUUACAGUUUUGCACACGCUGUCCUUCUCGGAACUGCUCUCCUCCUCCCCUUUUUUGAAUGAAGUUUACCACAAUGUGAAUUAUUUAAGCCUAGCCUUGCAGUUGGCACAGCAUUUCGCACCCAGACCUGCAGGCUGGCAGGGGCUCUGCCCCUCCCCACCCCGUCCUACUGCAGCUUGCUCCCAGGUUUUGUGCUUUUGCUUCUGUCCUGCAGGGAGCCUGGAUUACAAACCCCAUCCGACCGCUCCUUCCUUUGCUCCAGCAGUGGCAGGAUGGAGACGGCACCCGUCCCAUGUUUGCAGUGGUGGGAGGUGGCACAAAGCCUCUGGUGGCUCCUGAGGUCCCCAAGGACAUUGUCACGCAGCCAGGGAGGUGAGAGCUGCUCCUGGACAAACACAGUGGGGUCUCCAGCACAUGGUGUACAUAUUGUAUAUAUUUUACAUGCGGCUAUAAAUACACACUUAUUUUUUUAAAUCUGUAUCCCUUGCCCAGGAAGCAAUCCUGCUUGAAGGGAGGUGCUGGCAGAACCCAUGGGCACGCAGCUCUGCUUGCUGGGCGCACAGGAGCUGGGGUAGGAGCAACCACGGUCAGUGCAGAAACACAAGCAACAGGAGGAGGGCAGAGUCUGGGGCAGGCUGUGCUGGGAGAGGAAGCAGAGCUGGAGUUUCCCUUUCUUUGCUCGCUUCUGUAGGUAUGAGGGGGAAGCCCAGGCUGCAGCCUCUUUAGGAAAGGUGUGGCCCUGGUUUUGUUUCAUACUCAGGAGUGCUGCUGUGGUGCACGUCGCACUCAGCAUUGUACCCCCUGAAACCUUGCCCUAAACAAUGCCAGCGCACCUCAGUGAAGGUGCUGGAAUGGAAGAAGGACCAAAUGCAGUGAGGAGGAAGAGGGAUGGCUCUGGUGGGCAUAGCACAGGGACAUGGAGGUGUCCCUAUGCCCUUGCCUGGAGCUGGCUGGCCUCUGCAGCACCCGAGCCCAGACACUUGCUCAGCACUUUGCAGGGGAAUCCAGCCCCUGCAGCACAUUCCUCUGUGCUUUGUCCUGUGCAGGGCUGUGUCUGCAUCCUGCACUGCUUCCACUGCAGUAACACAUCCCAGAGCAUCCUUCUCGCAGUGCCCAGGCUGCUCCCUCAUUAACCAACCACAGUUCUCUGCCUUUCCCCUGCAGAUCCACCACUUUGGUGCCAUCCUGCCACACUCCCCUUGCAGCUGGGACAGAGCCCACCAGAGCCAAGCCUUCAUCCCUACAUCCUCCCCCUCGCUCAGCCCUGCCCCUUGGGGUACCUCUUACCCUACUCCUGCAGGCACAGCGGUCCAGGAUUGCAGCCCCAGGGACCCCACAGCUCAGUGCUUCAUCUUUACAAGGUGCACAGUGACCCUGCGUCCCCACUGUGGGACAAUUCCUUUGAAGGCAGCUCCACACCACAAAUCAUGGCCAUCAAACUCUUCCCUUCACCACAGAGGCUGCUCUGGCAGCAGAUGGAGCAUGAGCAGGAGGGCAAGGGGAGCUGCAGCCCCCGCACCUCGAGGGUUAGGGUCCAAAACAAAAAGUAAAAAAAACUCACAAGCCAGGGGCACGGGCAUCGAGCUCCCACAAAGCACGGGAGCAUUGCUUCAGAGCCCUGACUACGCUGAGUUCUCAGUGCCUUCUCACACACGUGCAGAUUUAUAGAGAACAAAACCCCACCAAUUACACAAACCGACGCUUGAGUCACGGCCAACUUAAGGAAGUUGGGAAAAGCCCUAUUUUUUUUUUUUUCCUUCUCUUUUUGAAGUGAUUGUAUACAGAGACGUAUUUAGCAGAAGCCGGAGCAGCUCACGGUAUUUUUUUUUUUUUAAUACUUUGUUCACUGGGAAAUGUGACUUAGUUCUGGAGAGAACCGUUUGUUGAAGCUUGGUUGAGUGCUUCCCCUACAAAACCCCACUGCUGCUCCCCCCCCCCCCCAACAUGACAAGCCCCCGUGCUGCCCAAGACCCCGAGCACCACAGGGGGAGCCGGGGACGCUCCGGGGCUGUUUUGUAUGUAUGCUUUCUGUACGGAGUAUUUGUUACAGGUAAAUAUAACUCUGCACCUGGC